AUGGUGGAUGCAUUCCUCUGUCCUCUUCACCGAGCCAUCGCCACCUACCCCUCCCUCUCUUUGCUCUUGCAUCACCCUUCCCGCCACGGUCGGCCAAUGGUCUCUCUCUCUCUCUCUGAGACCUGCAUAGUACUUGACGACUGGUGGCGGUUUCUGUCGUUCUCCAUCUCUGGAGGUGACUCUCUGCGAGCAGAAGACGUUGUUCAAGGGGCCUACCUCGUGUGUUGUAUACGUGUCGGUGUUAUGCGGCGUAUUCGUGCAUUUCCACCGGGGGUCGGCGGUGCUGACUCCUCACGGAGCACCUCUGCAGCCCUCCGCUGUGGAGCACUGUACAUCCACCGCCACCAUAGCGCCGAUAGAAGUUACUCACAGGAGAUUCAGGAUCGCCAAAAUGCCUUUCGGUGGUCCGCGCAUCAUGUGUUUCGCCCACACCAGCACUUCACGUACGAUCCUACGAGCUGGAGCCGGGUGUUAGAGGAAAAGGUGAAGAGGUCACGCACCUUAUCACUUUUGGAGCGUGUGAAGAUGACGGCCGAGCACGUGGCGGAGCGCGCUGGUAAUGCCGCUGCGCUCGACGAAGUCAUACAGGGCCGCAAGUUGGAAGCACAACCACUCGAAGAGUCCGCUUCGGCUAUGGGCGUGCCGGGCUUCCUCUUCGCGGCGACAGGCACCUCAACCUCAUCACACGCGGCUGCCGAUUCAGCAAGCUCGUCAGCGGUGUCCAACGAGUGGUCAGCGGUGAGCCUGCAGGAGCUUGUAGGGGAGGUGCAACGCCUCCAGUGUCUUCUACAGAGCCCGCGCUACGCCGGUAACGCUUCUCUCCGGCAGCGCGCCCGCCUGGACGCUGACUUCUGCGCGACACUUCUGCAGCUCUACGAGCGUCUGCGCGACGCCCAGCUGGACACGACGGUGACGCCCGACGCCUGUGCCUUUGGUUGGUUUUUGCUAACGCACAACCUCGAGCCACUCCUCAGGACAGUGGCGUCUGCGCGUCAGCAAAAGUUGACGAGUAACUUGAGCGAGGGCAGCGACGAGGCCGCGGCAGUACGCGAUGUUUUCGUCUCUCUCCGAGCGGUGGUGCUGCAGUCCAUGGUGGAAGGCAGGCGUUUCUUCACCGCUGCCACAUCGGGGGAGUUGUCGCUGGAGGCGCUCAUUGAGCUCCUCAGCAUCGCCACAGCGCCAUUUGUGCGACGGUGCGCUGAGAGAUUCUCUGAAGACGGUGUCCUUGCGAGCAAAACUUUCCUACACUACGUUGCAUGCAUCUCAGCUGCUGCAAGACAGCGCGCACACAGCGUCACGGAGGACCCUGACGCAGUCGAGGAUUCAGCCGUACAGGAGUGGCUCGAUCCACUGCACCUGGCUGCAUGGGCAACUUCGCUGAGGCGUCUGCAGGCGCAUGAGGUGCCGAUCCUCUCUACUCUAUCCGAUCUCGAGUUGCAGGUGGAGCACGCGGCGGAGUACGUCACGCAGCUGCUCAAGACCAUCACAGGCCUGACACCAGGAGGCCGUGUGACGGCGAGCCUCUCUCGCCCACGCCCCACACCGCAGGAGUCGUCAUCUCAGGUGCAGCGGAAUGUCCCACCAAAGCCUAUUUGCUUAGAUGCAACGGCGGCACCACACGGUGUGCAGAUCCCUCCGACAGAGAGCGGUGAUGCCGGGUACAUCCUUGUAGCGGCCACUGCUGCGCUGCACCUAGCACACACCGCAGCGGCCACGAAUAUGGUGCGGAAGGAGAGCGCGCGACGCAUCGUCUAUGCAUCUCUUCGCAUGUUGACGCACACGCCCAAUUACGACCUCUGCCCCGACGAGGUGAUUGCGUGGGCAUGUGAAGUACUUGACGCAGAACAUUUGAUGCGCGUAGAUGACCUCCGCCGCACCGUGCCUGGUGAUGGCGGGAGCGGGAAGGCCGGACUUCGCUUUCUUCUGCUCCUCUCACGACUGUCGUAUGGCUCCGUUGUGCACCGCACGGCACUGGGGCGGAUGGCGCUGCGCCUAUGCCGAUGGCCGGAGCCGGCGUACGCAUGCGGAGAGGAGAUACUCGAGUGGCGACGACUGCGUGGUGUAGUCAUGCGGGGGGUGCUGUGCGUCUUGCAGGUGCCUGACCUCGAGGCAGGGGCAGCACAGCUGGGCAGCGAGGAGACGGUGACGUGGCUGGAGACGCUAGCGUUCGGUGAGUACAACGGUGUCAUUCCAAUGGCGCUCUGGCGAGAUGCGGCGCUCUCACUCUUUCCGCAACUUCGUUACCAUCUUGAGGGCAACACAGCAGCCCCUUUCCCUUCACCGCGUGAGAGCUCGGCCGCGUCGUGCUGUCGUCCUCGAGAAGCCAAGGCCCUUUGCUCUCUAUGCUCCCGCUACGUAGCGCGGGAGGAGACUGGUGUCUUAGCUCCCACCAACCUUCACAGCAUCUUCACGGCCCGGUGCAUUGCAGAAUGCCUAGCCGCUGUGCUCAGCAACCCGACACUACCAGAUACCCUUCUGCGCUCGGCGGACGCAUGGGAUGGCCUGUGUGCCUCGCUGCCCGAGUCAGUAAAGAUGGUGGCGACGUGCAUGCGGGAGGUGGUGCGCCGUGAAGUGUCUCCCUCCAAGGUGCUCUCCUUCUGA